UUCAUCUCUGGGAUGGGGGAGGCGCAGGAGGUAGUCUCAGUGAUGGACCAGUAUUCCGAGGCAUCUGGUUCCAAGGUCAACCAGGAUAAAUGUGAAAUUGUCUGGAUGGGUAGGGAGUGUGAGAGCUUCUUACUUCUGGACACCUUCCCGGUGUCUCAGCAGAUUAUAAAAAUUUUAGGAAUCAAUUUUGGCCCUGCUGAUUACAGCAAGUCAAAUUGGGAGGAUAGGUUGUCUGAUGACGAGGUCAAGGUGAGGUGCUGGAAGGGGUGGCGGCUCUCCUUAAGGGAAAGGGUUGACUUAAUCAAGACCUUUCUGGUUCCCACCUUUUUGUAUGUCAGCUUUGUUUGUCUCUUGCCAGAGUCGCUCUAUACAGGGAUCUACAGCUGCUUCUUCCAGAUGUUGUUGGGGAAUAGGCUGAACCUUGUCAGACGAGAUGUGACCUACUCAUCCAGGCGGGAGGGUGGCCUAGGAAUGGUCAACCUGAUUGUGUUCUUUUCUCUGAUGUUCUUGAAACAUAAUUUUGGUAAUAUGCUAGCAGAGAGACCACCUGCAUGGGUAGGACUGUUCCAGAUCUUGUUUAGGCCCUUUCUGAGCAGUUGGGAGAGUGGUGGGCCAGUGAGAAGCCUGCGGGUCAAGCACGGAAACUCCUGGGUGAGAGGAUUGUGGCAACCGCUUUCCAUGUGCCGCUGGCCUUGAAAGAUUGCCCAGGCCAUAUUAUGAGGGAGGGCUUGCGCUUA